AUGGACCAAUCAAAUACAGGUUUUAUUUUAACUACUCCACCACCUAAUCAACACGUGAACAAUGAGCGCAAAUCACCUGUUACACAUGACAGUGGCGGACGAACACCAAACAGUUUGGUAGCUGGAGAUAAACGCCCACAACAGAAACAAUUUGAUUCAAAUAGUCAUUUACUUGAAGGUUUAUCAAAAGACUUGGGCUUUUUAUUAAAUAGAACAAAUCUUUCUGAUUCGGUUCUUAAUAAUGAAUAUAAUCAACUGGAUGAUCGCACACGUCAUCAAUUAGAAACACAUCAACAUAAUGGAAAACUUGUUAUAAUUAUCAAAAAAACGGAUCCACAAAUAAUGAAAGAUGUUGUUAUCUUUAUGUAUACGGGGAAAUGUGAACUAAAAGAAUCAAAUGCAUAUGAAUUAUUGGAUGCUGCCGGUCGAUAUGAUAUCAAAGAUUUAAAAGUUCAUUCGGGCAAAUAUUUAUCACAACGAAUUAAUCUGAAUAAUGUAUUAUUACUGUUGAAAGCAGCAUAUAAAUAUGAUAACAUAAUGGUUAAACACUAUUGUAUCGAAUUUUUUAUUCAUCAUGCUAAAGAAAUAAUGGACAUGCAAGAAUCGUGGAAAAGAUUUGCCGAAGAACAAAAAGAACUUGUUGAAGAGCUACUAAACUGGAUUGUAAAUAAAGAUGAAUUUUUUGCUGAAAAACCCAAAUGGGAAUUACAGUCAUAUUGGUAAAUAACUUGUACACACUUUUAUACACAUAUGGACCUCGAAUGUUAGUUUGUACUCAUUUUAACCAAUUGUAGUUUUAUUUUAAUGAACAAACGAAAUAAAAGUUAUUUUAGAAGGAUAAUAAUUUUUCUAAAUUCAAUACAGUCAAAUCGUUUUAUCAUCUGUUAAAAUCCGAUGAAAAAAAUGCAAUAGUUAACAAAAGUCAAAGAGCAAACCCGUUUCUUCCAUACUACUCGGUUGGCAAUAAAAAUAAUCUGCCUGUUAUGCAAUUAAGAUCAUAAGAAAAGUCAGGUGCUUGCAUCUAUGUCGUAGGCAAAAUUAAAAUCCAGACAAAUUUAAAAUUUACCUGGAUUUUAAUUUUACCUACAACAUCUACAUCUUGUCAUCUCGUUCUGACAACUGUAUAGUUGAACAGAAAAGAACAUAAGAUCCAGAAUAUGCUUACAUUGCAAAUUCCAAAAAUAACUAUAUCGUAGAAAUCUGCAGUGAUAAUUAAAGCGUUUCACAGCACUUCCAUCACCAUACCUUUUCGCCGUCGGGCGACGCUGAAUUUUCAUGACAUGGCGAAAGUUCUGUUUUCCGGAAUAAAAGCUCUUUCAGCAUGUGAUGAAAGUUUAGCUGUAUUUACACAGUGGUUACGAAACUUAACCCCUUUUCUAACGAAAGUUCGUUCUCGGUUGUGCCGAAAGUGCCUAGUUUUUUAGAUAGGUGGCAAGGCACUUUCGUCACACUAACAUGAAACGACUGUGAUGAAAUCAAGGUUGUAGUGCAAAGUUCAUUAGUUCAAACUGCAGUAAUGCAAACUGUAGCAGUACACAUUGGAGUAAUAACUUCUUGCCUUUUUCCAUUACAAACAUUGUAUUUUCUUAGCGAAACGCGUAAAGACUCCUUUUCAAGUCUCUUUCUAAAGUCAAAGUAUCAAAAUCAAGCGUCUGUUACGUUUGAGAGUAGUUUCGUCUGAAGUAGUUCACACUGCAGCAGUCCAAAUUGGAGUAGUCCAAAUGUAAGCAGUUAUUUUGCAGUCAAUAAUAACAGUAUACAAACGUGAGAAAAAUGGUAAAAUAAAGCAUAUGAACUUUUAUCACCCGUUAUAUCGCGUUAUUUGCCGUUAUGUUAUUAGUAUGAUGAAAGUUCUUUUUGGAUUGUGACGAUAGUUGUAGGUAUGUUACAUAGUUAGUUAUGAUAGUUCAUCACUUUGGUGACCAAAAUGUGGGAUGGUGCCCCCCCCCAAAAAAAAUGCCAUACACUGUCGUUCUCUUUUUUGUGUGACGAGAAUUAACGUGACGAAAGUGCUAUCACUCGUUAAGACAUGCUAAAGUACGUGCAGAUUUAUUUAUAUAAAUUCUAACACCUUACGUACAUGAGUGAAUUGCGUGAGUAUUACACCAUUUGAAUGAAAAAAUUCAAAAAAAACAAGUUGCCUGAAAUGUUUUUUCUAUUAUUAAACUAUAUACUACUGUCCUCAAUGAUUUUGAAAAGGGUGUUUCCUGACUGGCACGUUCUUUUUCUCUUGGAAAUUAACUCUUUGUUCAAGACGACUGAUUCUUAUGGUUUUCGAUAGAAAACAUCUGAUUUUACAGUGUUUCUCCUACCUAUACCGGCACUUGUGCUAAAAACUUGGCGCAUGUCUUAAAAAAUUUCUCAGUUCUUAAUAAAUCGAAUGAUGUGUGAUAUGUUGAAUUUAACUUUAUUUUUCAUGGAGAUACUUUUAUUUCAAUCUCGAGUGACAUUUUCGACAUAAAGUACAGUUUCCUCAGAAACGAGAGAUUCUAAAGUAUGUGUACAAAAGUGUCUGUUAGCCCGUGUUUGAUUAAAAAGCACCACAAGAAUAAAUACAAAUCUUAAAUUCAAUUACUUAUUUUGGAAGCUAAGAAUCUACAAAACAGCUGGAAAACAGUUUCGCUCACC